UUUACUGAGGUGCGGGAUGAGGACCACCAAGUGCCAGCUGCUGGUGACCAGCCUCUGUGUCAUGCUGCUGGGGUUCUCCAUCGCCACGCUGAGCACAGUCACCCACUAUGGGCUCCAUUUCACCCUCAUCAGCAACGUCUCCCUGGACAGCAAUGCCUACAGGGUCAUCCACCACACAGCUUUCUACUUUGGGAUCUGCCUGAGCAUGGCCCUGAUCCUGGCAGCCGUGCUGAGCUCGGCUGCCACGGUGCGGGAAUCGCGGUGCCUCACUGCCAUGGGAUUUUUCUGUUUUGCUCUGGCCUUUUGUGGAUUGAUCCCAGCUGCCUGCUGGAGAUACACACACAGCACGGAGGUGGAAGACAGCAUGAUGGAUGUGUAUGAUUUCGUGUACGAGGAGGUGAGGAGGAGCACCUCCAGCUUCAGGAGGCACGAGCUGACUGCCAUCCAUGAAGCAUUCCUGUGCUGUGGGAAGCACUCUCCUUUUGGGGACACAACCAAUGUUGAGAACAAGACGUGCCCACCUGGACAAGUGCAGGAUGAAGAACAGGACUGCCUGCAAAAAAUCCAGGACUUUCUGAAAAAGCACAUGGACUUUGUCUUCUCACUCCUGGGCGUCGCCAUUGGCUUCACGGUUUAUGGGAUGGUCCUAACUUCAUUCCUCUGGUUCUCCAUCCACUUCAGCAGCAAUCUGUACAGGAAAGGCAAAUACAUCCUCCGAGAGAGGUAGAAAUCUGGUGCCUGGGCAUCCUACCAGGCAGAGCCAGCUCUUGGCACAGGAAGAUGUCUGAGGUCACCUGAAAAAUGCUCUGGGAAGGUAUUGCAUGGGGUCAGGUGGUGGGAUGUGUCUCUCACAUUGCCCUUUCCUGCACUAUUACUGGGCUCAGAGAUGCAGAUUCCCUUGAUGGGAGACAUAUAGGCUGUGGCUCCACCAGGACACAAAGAGCUCUUUACAACCAAAUGGAGAGAAAAGCAGAGCAAAAAUCACAGCAUUAAAACAAACUUCUCUCGUGCUGUCUUCUGAGCAGUUCCCUGUGACCCCCAAAGAUGCAAUGUUUCUAGGAAGAUGGCUUUGGAUCGCAGCCCAGGAUCAAUGUUGUGCUAUCAGUAAAUAAAUGACAGGGGCUGUCACCACUGAUGGGAAAUGUGCUCUCCCAGCCUGGACACUUGCAGUGAUUAACUUUGGGCAUGUUUCUGAUCAUGCUGGGGUACACGGGCAUCCAAUGACUGUCAGCUACUUUUCCCAUUUUCAAAUGUUGCCAGGUUUAUAGAAUUUUUGGAGAGGAUCAGGACAAAAAGUCAGAAAGUAGUGAAUGAGCUUUGAAACAACUGACCAACAGAAGGCAUAUUUCUCUGUUAUUCCUCCUUGCUAAUGCAAUACAACUUUUUUUUUAAUUCUUAGGACUUACUCUCCUAAAUCUUGAUGCCACACUGAUUUCACAGGGGCUUGUUAAGCUGCACUUUGACUGCUGUGUCUAAUUCUGGGCUCCUCAAUUUAGGAAAUACGUUGAGAUGCUCAAACAUAUUCAGAGGAGGACCAGAAGGCUGGUGAGGAGUCUAGAACACAAGCCCUUGUAAAGAGUGGCUGAGGGAGCUGGGGCUAUUCACCCUGGAAAAAAGGAGUCUUGGGGUGACCUUAUCACUCUACAACUGCCUGAAAGGAGGAUGGAGCCAAGUGGGGGUCA